GCCAUUAUUUUCGUGCUUCCCUGAUUGCACCGUUUUUCAAUAUUUUUCUGCUGCUCCGCCGGUGAUUAACGAAAUUCCGAUCCUUGUGUCGGUUGGCUGUGAUCAAUUUCCGUGCGAAUCUUUUGAAUUUUGGGUAUCUAUGCUGAAAAUAGGAAGAGUAUUAGGAAUACUGUGAUCCUGAGCAUGAAGAGAAAUUGAUUGCGUCGUAGUGGAAUAAUGAUGCGAAAUUGAUAACUGGUGUUCUUGACUAAAGCUGAUGUUUGAGAACUAUCGCGGAGUUUGUUUUCUUCUGGGAAAUGCGAUCAUGAAGCGGGUAUCUCGAAAAAUUGGGAAGUAUGAGAUGGGGCGGACUGUCGGCGAAGGAACGUUUGCCAAGGUUAAGUUUGCAUGUAACACGGAGACGAAGGAGGGCGUGGCCAUGAAAGUUAUGGCCAAAAGUAGCAUUCUCAAACACAAAAUGGUAGAACAGAUUAAGAGGGAGAUAUCGAUAAUGAAAAUUGUCAGGCAUCCACAUAUUGUCAGACUGCAUGAGGUAUUGGCUAGCCAGACAAAGAUAUAUAUAAUUCUUGAGUUUGUCUCUGGAGGUGAACUAUAUGAUAAAAUAGUUCUUCAUAAGAAGAUUCCAGAAUUUGAGUCUAGACGAUACUUUCAACAACUGAUAGAUGCAGUUGCUCAUUGUCACAGCAAGGGUGUAUACCACAGGGACCUUAAGCCUGAAAACCUUCUUCUUGAUGCUGAUGGAAAUCUGAAGGUUUCUGACUUUGGACUGAGUGCGCUGUCUCAACAAGGUGUUGAGUUGCUUCACACCACAUGUGGAACUCCUAAUUAUGUUGCGCCUGAGGUGCUUCGUGGUCAGGGUUAUGAUGGUGCAGCUGCAGAUAUAUGGUCAUGUGGAGUCAUCCUCUAUGUACUAAUGGCCGGAUAUCUUCCUUUUUCAGAGUCAGGCCUCCCCACCCUAAAUAUGAAGAUAAAUGCAGCGGAGUAUUCCUGCCCCUAUUGGUUUUCACCUGGUGCGAAGUCCUUGAUACAGAAGAUCCUUGAUCCGAAUCCUAAAACUCGGAUUCGAAUUGAAGAAAUCAGAAAAGACCCAUGGUUCAGAAGAAACUACAUGCCUGCUAAACUAGGAGAAGUUGAGGAAGUAAACUUAGAUGAUGUACGGGCUGUUUUUUAUGGCAUUGAGAAUGAAUAUGUAGUUGAUCAGUCAGAAAAAAGUGACGAUGGUCCGUUGAUGAUGAAUGCAUUUGAGAUGAUAACAUUAUCUCAAGGGUUAAAUCUGUCACCAUUAUUUGACCGGCGACAGGACUAUAUAAAGCGGCAAACACGUUUUGUUUCUCGUAAACCUGCUAACUUUAUAAUAUCUACCAUUGAAGUAGUGGCAGAAGCAAUGGGUUUAAAUGUCCACACACGUAAUUUCAAGACAAGGUUGGAAAGAAGGACUGGACACAGGGCUUCACAGUUUGCAGCUGUGCUGGAGAUUUAUGAAGUGGCCCCGUCACUUUUUAUGGUGGACGUUCGCAAGGCUGCAGGAGACACUCUAGAAUAUCACAAGUUCUACAAGAAUUUCUGUGCUAAGCUAGAAAAUAUAAUCUGGAAACCAUCAGAGAGUGUAGGGAACUGAAGCCCUGCUUGGUUACUAACUGGUUCUAUGGAGCAAAUGCCAAAAGCAGCUGUUCAUCAUGAUGAGAUGCUUUUAUCAACGAUGCUGCAGGUGUUCAUGAAGCUUCUCUUUGUCCAUGAUCUGAACGUUAUAUAUGCUGUUAUGAAUUAGAAAACGGAAAGGCUAAGCUGCAAAUAAUGUAAAACUGGAAGUAUGUACGGUUUGUGUGUGUAUGCUUAAUUUUCUUUAUGCCAACCCCGACCCCGACCCCUUGGAAAUAAGAGGAUGGAAAAGUGAAAAAGACAUCCACAUAGGAAAUUCUGCUUGGAUUGUACAGAAUGUCAUUGAAACUAAAUUUAGGAUCUUUUUGCUGAGAGCUGUUAUUUUAAUGAAUCAUUUGCAUAAAAUGUUACUACAUUCAGAAUAUUGUAUGUUUGUGGAAGCGAAGCCCUUAUGGCCAAAUGUAAACCA